AUGUCGCUCCCACAGAGGCCCGGGCCUGAGUCGCCCAAGGGUCACAGCUACCGAAACCCCAACUCGCGGCGUCACCGAGCUGUCGACAUCGAGACGGGCGAGUUCACCACCAUCAACGUCCCUGCCGGCAACCACCACCACCGGGGCAAAUCCAACUCGUCCUUUGCCGAGACCAUCUCCAACCCCCACAACAACCCCGACACGGCACCUCUCCAUGGCGAAAACCCGCCACGCGCCGAAGACCAGAUAUCGCGAAAACGCAGCCUGAUCCGUCCCGAGCGCAACCGCAUCAACAAGGACCACCGUAACUACCACUACCACAAGCAUGCCGCCAACAUGAACGUUCUUCCUUCCUCCACCGGCAACGACCCUCUUCUCGAGAACCUCGACGCAUCGACAGAACGGUCUGGCGGCUCCCACACCUAUGAGACCGUCUCGGAAAACUCAAAGGACCGCCAGGCUCGCCCCGCCGAGAAGGCGAGCCCGCCCGCGCCUCCCCGCCGCGGCAAGCGUGGAAAGAUUGUCAAGGAGAGCAAGAUCAAGCCCAGACGCAAGCACAAGGUCGAAGAGGGCAAGCUACGGCCCCCAACUGCCUGGAAUGCCUACUGCUCCAUCGUCACCUUUUGGUGCCCUGACUUCAUGCUGCGUUGCUGCGGUAUGCCCACCAAGGCACAGCAGCGCGCUUGGCGUGAAAAGAUGGGCCUAAUUAGCAUAAUUCUCAUCAUCAUGGCCAUUGUCGGUUUCCUGACAUUUGGGUUCACUGCCGCUGUCUGCAGCGCCCCGCCCGUCCGUCUUCGGAACAAUAGGGUCUCGGGUGGCUACAUGAUUUUCCACGGUGUUGCCUAUGACCUGUCCAAUUCGCACCACCCUCUCGCCGAGGGUAUCCCCCGCCGCGCAGAUGGCACCGGUGCCAAUGUCUUGUUCGACUUGCCCGAGAAGCAUGCCGGCCAGGAUGGAAGCUUCCUCUUCCAAAACGUCAACGGCGCCUGCAAAGACAUCAUCACGGCCGCUCCCAAUACUGAUGUCCCGACCAACGCUAAUGGCGAUAUUGCCUGGUACUUUCCCUGCACGCCAGUCAACCAGGACGGCUCAACCCAGCCGAACCUGACCAUUCCCUACUAUCUCGGCUACUCAUGCCAUACCUCCAACCCCGCGCGCGACGCCUUCUACAAGGGCCUCAAGGGUGCCGCUGAUGUCUACUUUUCCUGGGACGAUAUUCGCAACAGCUCGCGUAAUCUCAUGGUCUACUCUGGCAAUGUUCUGGACCUCAACGUCCUCAACUGGUUCAACGAGACGCAAGUUCGCAUACCGGACCGCUUCAAAGAGCUUCGCGACACAAACUCGGCCGUCAACAAGGCCGUUCGCGGCCGCGAUGUAACCCGCUUGUUCCAGAGCUCCGAGGACAAAAAGUACGCCAAGUGCUUCCAGGAGAUUAUCAAGGUCGGUUCCGUCGACACCGAGACUGUUGGCUGCAUCGCAUCCAAGGUUGUUCUCUACUGCGCCUUGGCGCUGAUUCUGUCGGUCGUUCUCGCCCGAUUUUGCCUCGCCCUCGUCUUCCAGUGGUUCAUCAGCCGCACCUAUGCCGCCAGCAAGACUUCGCAGACCUCGGACCGCCGCAAGCGCAACAAACAGAUUGAGGACUGGUCUGAAGACAUCUACCGCGCCCCUGUACGUCUUCCCGGCGAGCUCGGCAGUACCGCAGCUGGCUCGGAUCGUAAUAGCAAGCGCGCCUCCACGUUCCUCCCGACCACCUCUCGAUUCUCUGCCCUCAACCCAGCCGACGCCCGCGGCCGGCUUCCCACCACCAUGUCGAGCCAGGGUGGCAGCACCCUGCUCCAGCCCAAUUCUGUCUACAAGCAGAGCAACGACAGCCGCGCCAGCUUCCUCCGCCCAGAACCCUACGGCAACUCGAACUCCACCGAGGGGCCCGGCCCCGCUGGUUUCAUUCACGACUCUGUUGUUCCUCAGCCACCCUCGGACUGGAUGCCCUUUGGUUUCCCUCUUGCGCACACCAUGUGCCUGGUUACAGCCUACUCAGAAGGUGUCGAAGGUAUCCGCACCACUCUCGACUCGAUUGCCAUGACCGACUACCCCAAUAGCCACAAGGUCAUUCUCGUUAUCUGCGAUGGUGUUAUCAAGGGCAAAGGCGAGAGCAUGUCGACACCCGACGCGUGCCUGUCCAUGCUCAAGGACCACACGACGCCGCCGGAGCUGGUGCAGCCAUUUUCGUACGUCGCCGUAGCUAGCGGCUCGAAGCGACACAACAUGGCCAAGGUGCACUGCGGCUUCUACGACUACGGCACGAGCUCGCGCAUCCCGCAGGAGCGCCAACAGCGCGUGCCUAUGAUGGUGAUUGUCAAGUGCGGCACGCCCGACGAGUUUACUAAAUCCAAGCCGGGCAACCGCGGCAAGCGCGACAGCCAAAUUAUCCUCAUGUCGUUUCUGCAAAAAGUCAUGUUUGACGAGCGCAUGACGGAACUCGAGUAUGAAAUGUUCAACGGCCUGUGGAAGGUGACGGGCAUAUCACCCGACUACUACGAGAUUGUGCUCAUGGUGGACGCCGACACCAAGGUCUUUCCCGACAGCGUGACGCACAUGGUGUCGGCCAUGGUCAAGGACCCAGAGAUUAUGGGUCUCUGCGGCGAGACCAAGAUUGCCAACAAGCGGGCCAGCUGGGUUUCUGCCAUUCAAGUCUUUGAGUACUUCAUCUCUCACCACCUGGCCAAGUCAUUCGAGUCGGUGUUUGGUGGCGUCACCUGCCUGCCCGGUUGUUUCUGCAUGUACCGUAUCAAAGCGCCCAAGGGCGGCCAAAACUAUUGGGUGCCAAUCCUGGCCAACCCGGACGUGGUGGAGCACUACUCGGAGAAUGUCGUCGAGACGCUGCACGAGAAGAAUCUGUACCUGCUCGGCGAGGAUCGCUACCUGACGACGCUCAUGCUGCGCACGUUUCCCAAGCGCAAGCAGAUUUUCGUCCCGCAGGCCGUCUGCAAGACGACGGUACCCGACAAGUUCAUGGUGCUCCUCUCGCAGCGCCGCCGCUGGAUCAACUCGACUGUGCACAACCUCAUGGAGCUCAUUCUCGUGCGUGAUCUCUGCGGCACCUUUUGCUUUUCCAUGCAAUUCAUCAUCUUUGUUGAGCUCAUCGGCACCCUCGUCCUGCCCGCCGCCAUUGCCUUUACCUUUUAUGUCAUCAUUACGUCUAUUAUCCAUCAGCCAGUACAGAUUAUCCCGCUCGUCCUGCUCGGCCUCAUUCUAGGUCUGCCCGGCGCCCUCAUCAUCGUCACGGCCCACUCGUGGUCGUACGUUGUCUGGAUGCUCAUCUAUCUCAUCUCCCUGCCCAUUUGGAACUUUGUUCUACCCACGUAUGCCUUUUGGAAGUUUGACGACUUUUCCUGGGGCGAGACGCGCAAGACGGACGGCGAGAAAAAGGGCCGCAAGUCGGGCCACGAAGCUGAAGGCGAGUUUGACUCGUCCAAGAUUACAAUGAAGCGAUGGGCCGAGUUUGAGAGGGAGAAGCGCUCCAAGAGCAGCUACUGGGCGUCGGGGUCGCGGGAUAACUUGACGGCCUCGGGUGGUGGUGCUGGAUGGGCGCUGCCGCCUGCGCCCGGUCAGGAGGAGUACUAUUCGGAUGCGUAA